AUGGAAACAGGCAGCCCUCCUCCACCAAAACAAUUCCCUCCCCCAGACGACUUCUCUCCGUACAACAAGCUUAAACAGUUCCGAAUGGCGGACUUCAUGUACCGCAAAGUCCAGAUGUCCGCUGGCGAAAUCAACGAACUAAUGGACAUUCUUGCGUCGGAGGACGGUGACGCGCCAUUCGCCGACGCGGACGAACUGUAUGCGACUAUCGAUGCGACAGAGCGGGGCCAUAUUCAAUGGCAGGCAUUCAAUGUCUCGUAUGAAGGAGAAGAUGAUUGCAACUCCCCAAAUGCGCUGACCUGGAAGAAAAAGGAGUACACUGUGUACUUCCGCGAUCCUCGCGCGGUUCUUCAGCAGCAACUCGGCAACCCAGACUUCAAGAACGAGCUGGACCUCAGUCCCAAACGUGUCUAUGAUGCAAACGGCGAACGCAUCUAUCAAGACUUCAUGUCGGGCCAGUGGGCCUGGCGCCAAGCAGACAAGAUUGCUACCGAUCCACAGACCCAUGGUGCCGUUUUCGUUCCUGUCAUUGGCGGAAGCGACAAAACGACCACAUCUGUCGCCACAGGCCAAAAUGACUUCUACCCGCUUUAUGUGUCCAAUGGGCUUGUUUAUAACACCAUUCGACGUGCCCAUCGCAAUGCACUUGAUGCAUCCCUAGCUGACCGAGAACACCAAAACGGGGCUGAUUUCCGUACUUUCCGACGACAACUUUUUCACGCGUCCCUUCGUCAUAUCUUCUCCUCACUCAAGGGCGCAAUGACAACACCAGAGGUUGUCUUAUUCGGGGACGGCCACUAUCGUCGUGUCAUUUAUGGACUCGGUCCAUACAUUGCUGAUUACCCCGAGCAAGUGCUACUAGCUUGUGUCGUUCAGGGCUGGUGCGCGCGAUGUCAUGCGUCCAAUAAAGACCUCGAUGGUGAGGGCGGACGACGCACACAACAGCAUACGGAGGAUCUCUUUGAUGCCUUCGACCAUAAGGCUCUUUGGGACCAAUAUGGUGUCAUUCCCGAUGUUCUACCUUAUACCUGGGACUUUCCCCGAGCAGACAUUUACGAGCUGCUUUCCCCCGACUUACUACGGGAGUAUUUAGAGCUCAUACAUGGUAAAACCGAAGCGGCCAAGAUCAUGGCAGAUAUUGACCGGAGGAUUGCUGCCGUACCACCAUUUCCUGGCAUCCGUCGCUUUCCUGAAGGACGGGGUUUCAAGCAAUGGACGGGUGAUGAUUCGAAGGCAUUGAUGAAGGUUUACCUUUCUGCAAUUGAAGGCCAUGUUCCUCCUCAAAUGCUCCGUGCAUUCAGCGCAUUUCUCGACUUUUGUUACCUUGUGCGGCGAAAUGUGAUCAGCGAGUCGACACUGCAAGAAAUCGAAAAUGCACUUACCAGAUAUCAUAAGGAGCGUAUUAUAUUUGAAACAAGUGGUGUAUGCCCUGAUGGUUUCAAUCUCCCUCGUCAACAUGCGCUCACACAUUAUGCACUACUCAUCACGGAGUUUGCUGCGCCGAAUGGUCUCUGUUCUUCAAUAACCGAAUCGAAACAUAUCAAGGCCGUUAAAGAGCCCUGGCGUCGAUCAAGCAAGUACGAGGCACUGAGCCAGAUGCUCACUAUCAAUGACCGACUCGACAAUCUCGCUUCCACACGUGUUGACUUUGAGGAACGUGGCAUUCUCAAUCCCCAAGCACCUGACCCUGUACUUCCGCUUCCGCCUGCGGUUCAAGCUCGACUUCAAGCUCAUGAUACCGACGAUGACGAUAAUCCUGACAGUCCUGAGAUUGAGGGCGAGGUUCAUCUAGCAAAGCUUCCUAGUAUGUGA